AUGGACCCAUUAGCUUUACUGGAAAAGAAGUUCCUGGAUUCCGCUAAUACAAAUUCUGUAGUUAAAGAAGAAGACGAAGAAACUGGCAUUAACUCUGGCAAAUCCAAGGGGACACACGCUGCAGAAAUUAACCUAAAAGGAAAGGAUGAAGGUUGUGUGAUUGCCUGUUAUACAUAUCCGACUCGAGAAUCACAGGAGCCAUAUAGCGAAAAGCGACAUUCUCGUGUAGCAGGAAACGCAUCGUCAAGAAGGAGCCGUUCCAGAAGUAGAGAACGUCAAUCACAAUCGCAUAUAAGACGUCAAAAACGGUUCGCAAAGACGAAGGAUACACAACAUAGCAAGGAUGUGACAGAUGUUACCAAAGACAGCCAAAGUUCAACGGAGAGAAACUCAUCGUCACUUUCUCCGACCUCGCACAAAAUGUCAGCGUUGGAUCGUAUGAUACUAAGACAAGAGCAGCUGUUGAUGCGGCAAUCACAGAAAUUCCUGAGUGACGUGAAGUCCCAGCGAGGAACGCAAUAA